GUCCGCGGGCGGGGGGCGGUGGCAGCAGCGCGCUCGGUUGUGAGCGAGAGCGAGUGCGUGCGAGCGAGUGCCAUGGCCGGAGCCCGCUGAGAGCCACAAUAGGAGCGAGACCCCGACGCCCACCGGGACCCUCCGCUCGCUCUCCCCCGCGCCAGCCGCCGGCGGAACAGCAGCGCUCCCCGCCCUGCCCGGCACUGCCCCCCCGCGCCCGCCGCUCCCCCUCGGCUCGGCUCGGCUCCCUCCCGCCUCGCAGGGCCCUUCUCCGGGAAUGUGAAGAGGCAGCAGCACCGCAGGCAGCGGGGAGUGCACGGGACUGAGCGGAGCCGCCCGCGCCUGAACCCGCCGCCGACGCCGCCCUGCGCCGGGGAGGCCGCGCUGCCGCCGCCGCCGAGGCCGAGGCCUACAGGGCUCCUGCGCCGCCGCGGCAGCGACCGAGCCCGGCGAGAACCGCACUCGGGCCGCCGCCGCCGCCAGGCAUCGGCCGCGCUCCGCCAAGGCCGCCGCCGCCUCCCUCCGUCUCCGGCUUCUCUACCGGGAGCGUCAAGUAGGGAUAUGUCCUCAGCACCAACUACUCCUCCAUCAGUGGAUAAAGUAGACGGAUUUUCUCGGAAGUCCGUCAGAAAAGCCAGACAGAAGAGGUCACAAAGCUCCUCCCAGUUCAGGUCUCAGGGCAAGCCUAUCGAGUUAACUCCCCUGCCUCUGCUAAAAGACGUUCCAUCUUCAGAGCAGCCUGAACUGUUCCUAAAGAAACUUCAACAGUGCUGUGUCAUUUUUGACUUCAUGGACACGCUUUCAGACCUUAAAAUGAAAGAAUACAAGCGCUCCACUCUUAAUGAACUGGUGGACUACAUUACAAUAAGCAGAGGCUGUUUGACAGAGCAGACUUACCCUGAAGUAGUUAGAAUGGUAUCUUGCAAUAUCUUCAGAACUCUCCCACCUAGUGACAGCAAUGAAUUUGAUCCAGAAGAAGAUGAGCCCACCUUGGAGGCAUCGUGGCCGCACUUACAGCUUGUAUAUGAGUUUUUCAUACGAUUUUUGGAAAGCCAAGAAUUUCAGCCCAGCAUUGCCAAAAAGUACAUAGAUCAGAAAUUUGUAUUGCAGCUGUUGGAGCUGUUUGACAGCGAAGACCCUCGGGAACGAGACUACCUAAAAACAGUCUUGCACAGAAUUUAUGGCAAGUUCCUGGGCCUUAGAGCAUUUAUCCGAAAACAGAUUAAUAAUAUUUUUCUACGAUUUGUUUAUGAAACUGAACACUUCAAUGGCGUAGCUGAACUGUUGGAAAUUUUAGGAAGUAUUAUCAAUGGUUUUGCUUUACCUCUCAAGGCAGAGCAUAAACAGUUUCUGGUGAAGGUGCUGAUCCCUUUACACACAGUCAGGAGUUUAUCACUCUUCCAUGCACAGCUGGCGUAUUGCAUAGUACAGUUUCUGGAGAAGGACCCCUCACUCACAGAACCAGUCAUUAGAGGUUUAAUGAAAUUCUGGCCAAAAACCUGCAGUCAGAAAGAGGUCAUGUUCCUAGGAGAGCUGGAGGAAAUCUUGGAUGUAAUUGAACCAUCACAAUUUGUCAAAAUCCAGGAACCCUUGUUUAAACAAAUUGCCAAGUGUGUCUCUAGCCCUCAUUUUCAGGUGGCUGAAAGAGCGCUGUAUUAUUGGAAUAAUGAAUACAUCAUGAGUUUGAUAGAGGAGAACUCAAACGUUAUACUUCCCAUCAUGUUUUCCAGCCUUUACAGGAUUUCUAAAGAGCACUGGAAUCCGGCUAUUGUGGCUUUAGUCUACAAUGUGUUGAAGGCAUUUAUGGAAAUGAACAGCACCAUGUUUGACGAGCUGACAGCCACUUACAAGUCAGAUCGUCAGCGUGAGAAGAAGAAAGAGAAAGAGCGUGAAGAACUGUGGAAAAAACUGGAGGAUUUGGAAUUAAAGAGAGGUCUUAGACGUGAUGGAAUAAUUCCAACUUAACAAAAAUACAAAACAGCAUUAUUAACCUGUGGAGUCACACAUUUAUGUAGUAGAAGAUGGAGCAACAGUUUUCUGUAUUGUGCAACUUUACAGUAGAUUUCACAUUUGUUUCAUUAUUACAACAGCACUGUAUAUACCUGUCUCUAAGUAAAGGAAAAAAAUAAGGACUUUAAUCCAAAGUUUGGACAACAGAUGGACUUCUCAGAACUUUGCAAACAUAAUCAUUGUUUUAACCCUUCUUUAAAACCAGUCUUCAAAGAUCUGUUGAUGAAAAUUGCAAUGUCAGAUUCCAUUGUCAGGACCUGUUCCUUAUUUAUCGUUAGCAGAGAGUAUAAUACAACUUUCAAAUGUGAACGAUCUUAAAAUUUAGCUUGUCUUUCUGCUAAACUGUUACGUGUAUUUAUAGUAAAAGAGAAAAAAGACUGUCAUUUCCUUAUGAGUUUGUGUAACAUCCUCCUUCUCUGGAUAACUUUACUGUAAUUUGACUUUCUUUUCCUUUUGCAUAUCUUCAUAAGUUGAAUGUCCAUUCAGAUCAGGGCCAUGAAAAACAUUGGUCCUGAAUAAAAGUUUUGUUUACUGGUGUGAGCAUUUUUUUAGUACCAGGCUGUCUCUGGUGCUUCCUUAAUUUGAACAUUAGGAAUUAAAAAACGAGUAGGUGAUAAACAUAGUAGGAAAGGGAGCUUUGGAUUCGUGCACCUAUUUAUUGCAAAUCCAAAUUAGUGUCCACAAUCCAUGGAAAAAAAAAGGGCAGUGGUAACACCCUGGACUUCAAUACCUAACCAGUAUUAGUGAUGCAGCAUUGGACACAUGUACCAGAGUUGGUUUAGAAACACCAAUUGCUAAAUUAUUACAGUAUGUUCUUACUGGACCAUUCUGAAGGAAUAAAGACACAUGCUAAACAACACAAGCAUGAAAUUGAUCUCCAGUGGUCAUGGAUCUAAUUGGAAAUUGAGUUGAGAUAGCAGUUUGGACAGUUUGGAGUUGUUGCCUUACUUUUUAAUAUGUAUUUAUAAAGUGUUCCAGCAAAAGAGGAUGUAGCCUCUAAGAAACAUACUCUAGUGUUUUUGUGGUUCUAGUACUAUUACUCAUCACAGUACCAGCCCUAUGGUCUUAGCGGGAAAGGAUUCUGGAUAAUACACUUCUGCAUUCUCAUCUGGAUGCUCAUUCCUAACUACUGUAUUUGUUACCAAAAGUGGUUCUACAAAUGCUACUGAAAAAAAAAUUCUGGAAAUCCUAAUGUUCUGAGUAUUAAUAAUAAAGUUUAAAAUGCUUUUAUAUCAAA